AUGGCACUAGAAAAGAGCGAGAAUCGAGUUGGUUUUGCCGUUGGCGGUAGCCGAUACGCGGUAGCUUUGGUGCUUUUGAUUCAUUGCUCCACCAUAACGGCGAAUCGCUUUGGUGGGACAUCAUCAUCAUCAACAUCAUGGACUGCACCACUCAGAAUAGGAGUGAGAUCUGCCGCCAAUUCUCAUCCGUUUGUUUCACGGAACAACAAGAGAUCCUCCAUUCAAUGGGCUGGCAAUGAUGAGAAGCCAACGCACGAGAUAGAUUCAUGGGCACCAUCAUCCAAUUUUCAUGAUAAUAAUAAUGAGGAAUGGAAUGCACUGUUUCCAGAAGAUCACGCUGUCAGUUACGCAUCCCGUACUCGAAGAACAACCAGGGAACCUACCUUUGGUUUUCGGAGAGCGCUCAAACUUCCUACUUUUCUCGUAGGAAGAAACAGCCAAUCCCAUGAUGUGGUACCGUGCGCUGCAGUGGCGGUUUCUAGCAAAGUCUCUGGGAGUCAGGCAUCUUUUUCACCGGCUCUGCAGUCUCGUCAACAACAAUCUUCACGAAAGAACAAGGAAUCUACCCGCAAUCAACCAAAAUCUGUACAAUCUACGGCGGCAGCCGCUUUAGCGAUUGGGGAACCUCGGCCCUUGGUAUUUUGGGAAAGUAUGGUGUGUGGAGCCAUUAGUCGUUCUGUGGCGCAAACCGUCAUGCAUCCAGCCAAUACCAUGAAGACUCUAUUGCAACAAUCCAAUGCCGGACCCAUCAUGGCAUACCUACGACCCUCCCAAUUGCCAAUCCUCCUUCGUGGUGCUGGAGCCAAUUUUGUGCUAAGCGUUCCUCACGGCGCCAUCAAUUUUGCCGUUUUGGAAAUGGUCCGAAAGGAACUGGGGCGGGGCGUACGAGCGUCCAAGUAUUUGGCAUCACGAGAAGAACGCUUGGGACCGGCAUUGGAUUUCAUGUCAUCGGCCAUUUCGACGGUAUGCUGCUCGGUUGUCUCCACACCCCAAAUGAUGAUUACGGACAAUAUCAUGGCUGGAAACUACAAGAACCUUCCUGAUGCAGUCCGUGGAAUUGGACAAGGAGGUAUCAGUGGGUUUUAUGCUCGGGGAUGGUGGCCAGGGUUGGUCGGAAAGAUUCCAUCCUAUGCGCUGACGUGGACACUCUUCCAACAACUGAAAGAGGUACAACGAAAGCUCACGGGACGAGAGGCCACCAACAUGGAAAAUUCCAUCAUGGGAUGCAUUGCGAGUGGUACCACAGUAACAAUCAUGAUUCCCAUGGAUACCAUCAAAACACGCCUAGUCACACAAAGCAUGGCAGCGGGUACGGUUCCCUACAAGGGCAUUGUGGAUUGCGCGGUACGAGUGGCUCGUGAGGAAGGAAUCAAGUCAUUCUACCGGGGACUACCUCCUCGUCUGGUCAGUGUGGUUCCCAUGAUUGGGAUUCAGUUUACAGUUUAUGAAUUUAUGAAAAAGGUAAUGCAAAAGAGGAAAAUCAACAACAUGUCCGCUCCGACACUCCCAACAGCACCCCUGGCAGCAUCCACCAAAAAACAUAAAAAGGGAAAGCGAAGCAAGGAGGAAUCCAAUUUUGAUCCCUACUCCAGUUUGGAACAAUUACAAGAGUCCUGCAUGGAAGUUGCAGCGAGUCCAGAGCAUCCCUAUCCAGCACCACAUUUCCUGAGAGCGCUGAAGAAGAAGGCGAAGGGCAACAACAAACGAAGGACAAAGUCGUAG